UUUGAAAAAUCAUUGAACUAAAUUUCAUACUGGAUUUUUUGUCAGUUUUUUAUUCAUUAUGGGAUUACUAAGAUAUGGAUUAAUAUUAUGUUUCGUGUUAGUUACUUAUUACUAUUCGAGGAGAAUAUUUGAGGAGAAAAGACCCUUAGUUUUGGAUGGAUAUUACCAUCCAGAUUUCAAACAACUCGCAGAUGUGUUCAGGCAAAAUUUACAAACUGGUAAGGAACAAGGCGGUUCCUUUGCGGCCUACCACAAUGGCAAAUGCGUGUUCAAUAUGUGGGGUGGGUAUGCAGACGACGAAGCUGUACGACCCUGGGACAAGAAUACACUAACGAUGGCGUUUUCUGCCUCCAAGGGCAUAGCUGCAAUCACUGCUGCCAAAAUGGUUGACCUGGGAUACCUGGACUACAAAAGACCAGUUGUCGACUACUGGCCUGAGUUUGGACAGAAAGAUAAAGAAAACAUCACCGUAGAAAUGCUUCUAAGCCAUCAAGCUGGUCUACCGUUACUAGACGAGAACUUGCAUUUACGGGAUAUUAUAGACAAUCCUGAUAAAGUUGAAAGGGUUCUUGCUGCCCAGGGCACAGUCUGGCCGGCAGGGUCAGAGUUUGGGUAUCAUGGGGUUACUUAUGGUCUGUAUGUGGAUACACUGGUGCGGAAAGCUGAUCCACAAGGUAGAGAUGUUGCACGGGUUUUCCGUGAGGAAAUUGCAGAACCUUUUGAACUUGACGCAUUUAUCAAUACACCUAAAGAAGAGUUUUAUCGAGCCGCUCGACUAAACACCCAACCCCUAUGGGAGAUGCUAUUGGAGACCCUAUUGUCACCAAGAUAUUUCCCGAUUCUUGGUCACUAUAUUCUUUUUCCGGACUCACUACUGGUCAACGUCGCCAAGGCCGUCGUUGAAUUUACUAUGGACAUGUCGGUAUUCAACAACCCAGAUUUACGCGAGGUUCCCCUUACAUCUGCUACGGUGACCAGCACCGCAAAUGGAUUAGGAAAAUUGUACGGAAUCCUUGCAAACGGAGGCGCUACGAAGGGUAAGAUACUUCUUCACGCGGAGCAGGUACAGAAAUUAGCCACACCUUUGGUACAAGGAACUGACAGUGUUAUAAAGCAAGAAGGCUCUAUAUUUGGACCAGGGACAGGGAUGGUGAAGAAUCCAAAGGGUCAACUUAUGUACGGUCAUACUGGACACGGGGGCCAAGUGGGCAUGGCAGAUCCCACAAAUAAGCUGGGCUUCAUGUAUCUGACCAAUCAUAUAUCCAUCUACGGUCUCGGAGAUGACCCACGUUAUCUUGACCUUGAGAAUACAUUAUAUAAGUGCUUGGAUAACUUUGUAAAGAAUAACAAUAAAUAUACAUAAACAAAUUAGACUGUAGUUAAUUUCAGCUUGAAUGUAAUAAUUUUAGAAAACAAAUAGAAAAAAAAUCUAACAACUUGUGUUACACUCAAUGGCAGUUUCGUGCAUUU